AUUGACAAGUACGCUCAGCGGGACCUGAAGAAAGGGCUGCACCUCUAUGGCACAGAUGGGAACAUUGGCCUGACCAACGCCUGGAGCAUCAUUCAGACAGAUUUCAGGUGCUGUGGGGUCUCCAACUACACGGACUGGUUCGAGGUGUACAACGCCAGCCGCGUGCCCGACUCCUGCUGCCUGGAGUUCAGCGAGAACUGCGGCCUGCACUCCCCGGGCACCUGGUGGAAGGCGCCUUGCUACGAAACAGUGAAAAUAUGGCUCCAGGAGAACUUACUAGCAGUGGGGAUCUUCGGCCUGUGCACAGCUAUGGUGCAGAUUCUGGGGCUCACCUUCGCCAUGACCAUGUACUGCCAGGUCGUCAAGGCAGACACCUACUGUGCAUAGACACCCGUCCCAGCCCUUCUGCUCCUCCUCCAAAGGACACAGGAGAAA